ACACAUCUGCGUCCGUGGGGCCGCGGCGACCGAGGCGGCCAGGUGAUCGGAGAGACCCGCCGUCAUGGCGAAAACCAGGGAGAAAUUCAACCCGGACCCGUCGGUCCACAUCUCCAAGAUGAGCGUGAUCAUCCCGUUCUCACCGGACGUGCCGUGCGACAGUAACGGGCAGAGGAUGUGGUGGGCUUUCCUCGCCUCCUCCAUGGUCACCUUCUUUGGGGGUCUCUUCAUCAUCCUCCUGUGGAGAACUCUGAAGUACCUGUGGACCGUCUGCUGUCACUGCAACACCAAAAAGAAGGAGAUCCAUCGGAUCACUGCAGGUGACGGCAUCAAGCGUGUCGACAAGGAUGACACAACAGCCAAUGAAGUGGGCUGGAUGACCUCUGUCAAAGACUGGGCUGGGGUCAUGAUAUCUGCUCAGACGCUAACUGGCAGAGUCCUGGUGAGUGUUUGCAUGUUUGGGCGACACGUCACAGGAGGAUCGUGA